CAUCUGACGACAAAUGUAAGGGUUGAUCGUUUUUCUUUCUGUGAAUUGUGGCAGAGACAGAGAGUAGAGAAUCAAUGAAGCCUCAGAUCGUAUUGUUUGGGGAUUCAAUAACAGAGCAGUCGUUCAGACCCGGAGGUUGGGGAGCAGCUCUUGCUGACACUUACUCUCGCAAGGCUGAUGUAUUAGUCCGUGGAUAUGGUGGAUACAACACUAGAUGGGCUUUGUUUCUGCUGCAUCAACUUUUUCCAUUGGACUCUCCAAAACCUCCUGCUGCUGUGACAAUUUUCUUUGGGGCCAAUGAUGCUGCGGUUUUAGGGAGAACUAGCGAACGCCAACAUGUUCCUAUCGAAGAGUAUAAGGAGAAUCUAAGAAAAAUUGUUCUUUAUUUGAAGAAAUGCUCUCCCACCGUUCUCGUUGUGCUUAUCACUCCACCGCCUGUUGAUGAGGAAGGGCGUAAUGAAUAUGCACGAUCUCUAUACGGCGAGGAUGCUAGGAAAUUGCCAGAAAGGACAAAUGAAGUAACCGGAGUUUAUGCAAAGCAGUGUGUUGAGCUAGCCAAAGAAAUGGGUCUCCGCUCCAUCGAUCUGUGGUCCAAGAUGCAGGAAAGAGAGGGUUGGCAGAAGACAUUCUUAAGUGAUGGAUUGCACCUGACGCCUGAGGGCAAUGCUGUGGUUCACAAAGAAGUUGUGAGGGUUUUAAGCGAAGCAUGGUUUUCUGCUGCGGAAAUGCCAUACGAUUUCCCUCACCACUCGCAAAUUGACUGGAAGAACCCUGAGAAAGCUUUCCAGGAAAGGUGCCUGUGAUAUUUUUUUUCACCUUGCACCUCUCUAUAACAAUUUGGUCAAACUCUUGGAUUUCUUGAUUUUUCUACCUUGCACCUCUCUUGAUUUUUUUUUCACAGGAAUGCCUGUGAUUGCUUUUGAUUAUCAUGCACAAUUGAGGUGGUUUUCUUUCGGUGUCAAUUGGGAUUCUAAUGCUAUACGUUGGAAAUGCUGAACAUUUUGCUUUCCAAAUGAAAACCAUUUAUCGCA